AUGUCUGCCCAGCGCCCUUGUCCCCAACAUUUCCCAAGCCCCGUGCUGACGAAACCUCCAGGCAGCCUGCAGGCCUUGGAGUCGGCGCCAGGGCCAGGGAGCGCAGACGAAGAACCGUCAGAGUGCAAGACAAAAAUGCUGCGAUCGCAGGGAUUGUGGGGCGGGACGAAAAGCCACCACAUGUUUUUUUACGAACACCUUUCAUGCAGAGUGCAGAGGGUGGGGAGAAGUGUCCCUUCUGCAUCUCCGGAGACUUUCGGCUCAAAGCCGAGUUUGCCACCUGUCGCAACAAGCGUAGUGGGCUGCCCGAUGUUCUUCUGCUGCUGCACCGAAGAACGAGAGGGCUUCGAUGCCGUGCCAGUGGAUGGCACCGAGCGCACUCCGCAGGGGCUGAUAAAGUCGUCUCCUGCCCUGGCGGAGUCAAUGACGGCCGAGAGUGGCCUCUACACAGUCCAGCUUGCACGUGGAGCGGAUCGAAAGUGGGAUUUGGCGCUGGAGAAGUCGGAUGUGGACCAUUUGAUGAUCAAGAGGAUGACGAACGCUGUGACGGAAUGGAACAAGAACAACCCCACGCAAUCGCAGAUCAGCGUCUACGAUCGCAUCGUUGAAGUCAAUGGCCAGCGGGCUUCUGGGAAAGAGUUGGCGAAAGCUCUCGAGAACACUCCAGACGACCAGGUCGCUUUGCUGCUUCAGCGGCCGCAGACACGAACACUUACAUUGAAGCGGCCAGGGAAGCUGGGAAUUAUCGCGAACUACAUGCCAAACUAUUCGCUCAAGCCGUGGAUUGACACCAUUGCCGAAGGGCUGGUUCGUGAGUGGAACAAGGUGAACCGAGAUGCCUCAAUCCGAGAGCACGACCGGAUACUGUCUGUCAAUGGUGUGUCCAACCCACCGGAGGAUGUGGUCCACCAGAUGCGGAAGCCUGAUGCAGAUCUCGAAAUAAUCUGCCUGCACUAUCCAAACAUUUAG